CAUGGAUGUAAAAACUGCGGCUUUGCUUUCUGCAGCAGGUGCUUGAAUGACAAGAGCCUCCCAGUCCCAAAGAAAAAUAACGCCAAACAUCAUGUAUGCCACAAGUGCUUCAAAAUUCUCACAGGAGCUGUGCCACCGAGUUCCGAGCAGCAGACAUAUGAUCUACCUGAGGCCUAUAUUAAAAGAUUGACUGCCCUCCAGGAGAGAGAGACAGGAGGACAUACGUCUCACGCUGGUCACCCAUCUGGAGGGGGCACAGUCAUUCCAGAGCAUCUACGCAAGUUGGACAAAGCUGACAGGGAAAUUGCCAUGCGACUCGAGAAGUUGAAAGCUGAUGGCAAACCAAAAGAAAAAGUGACAGAUGCUGAUCUACAAACCAGGUUGGCCCAGCUGAAAGGUCAACAUCAUGUGCCUGAAGCGAAGCCUAUAUAUAAACCAGCUGUCCGCAAGUCAGAAACACAGCAGGUCGAUGACCUGAUUGAUCAGCUGCUGGCCGAGGUGGAUAUCGACUCUUUAAGACCUGAUCCCGCACAGGAAGUGGAAGACAGGCUUGCCAGACUUCGGCAAGCAGAUG